AUGGCGACCCGCGAUUACCAUUCUCUGCCGUCCGUCUCCAAGGUGCCUAAGGGCAGGCGAACACAGCGUCGCCACCCAUCGACUCUGUCGCUGUCGCAGCAGGACAAGCCACUUCCGCCGCAGCCGCCUAUCCGACAGCCGUCUCCGUCUGUAUCUCCGGCUCCGACACAGCGCAACCAGGCGAGGUAUGUAUGUUCCCAGUGCGGUAAGGUGUUCUCUUCCUACCAGGCCUUGGGGGGCCACAAAGCCAGCCAUCAGAAGUUCCCUGCCGAAUACAGAGCCGCCGCGUCAGCGGCAGUCGUCACCGGAGCAGCGGACCAAAACAAGCCUCACGCUUGCUCUUUGUGCUCCAAGUCGUUCGCGACGGGGCCAGCGCUAGGCGGGCACAUGAGGGCUCACUACGAGAGGAUUAGACGGCAAGCCACAGCUGAGAACAGGCCGAUGGCUGGGCCAUCGUCUUCGCUGACUGAGUGCUCGACGGCGAUGGGCUUGUUAAUUGACCUCAACCAGGAGGCGAUGCCGGAAGCGGAAUUGGCUAAGGAAGAGGAAACAGUGAGCUCUCAUCCGGCGGCGACGGCCACCUCUCCCCCUCCUCGCUUCUUUACUUUCUUUUAA